AAGCGAAGAGGCAAACCUGAGGCUCGCCCAACCAGUAAAGAAAGGAUUGGUGGCAUCUCCCUUGUUAAUCUUUCUGGACAAAGGCCGUCUAAGGAGAAGAGUGCCCCCAGGCAACAGAAACAUCUUUCAGUAUAGGAUUCAAGAACAAACGUACGGACAGAAACGGUGACGCAGUUUUAGAUAACGCUGUGAGGCGCCUCCUCCACCCCCCCACCAGCUCAGUGCGUGGGAUCCGUGCACAUAGCUUUCCAAGAAGCUCAAGACAGCGCCGCCUGCAACGGCGGGAAAACACUGGGUUUUAUUUUUUCGCCCUAACACGUGGAGCUGGUACAAACAGAUCAAGCUGAUCCCUUGUUUAGCGAGAAAGUGAUUCCGACUUUCUUCUUAUCCGAUCCCCUUCUUCCUGAAUAAUUCUGGAGAGAGCGCAGUUCGAACUCAAACCGGAGGCAGUGUCAAAACGAAGCGAGCAACGCGCCCUAGGGCAGGGGAGGAAGUAGUUAGUCACAAGCGCCGGCCCUGCUGUUCGUGUGCCGCUCGAUCCACCGCGUCUGGAGCAGGAUCAAUUUACACCAGCCAACCGUGGCAGCAGAGCAAGCUUCAGAGAAGGGCCGCUUGCAAAUACGCCACAUAGUUGCCCUUUAAUGUCGGGCUGUUGUGGUGGCAGUUGCGUGACGUCUUGGGAAACCUGCGCUUGUCACUCUGGCCAUCUCUCUGGACUGGGCCCAUAACCUGUCAGAGUGCACACAGUGACUAUUUUGAGACAACCCAGGAGCAAAAUAUAGGAAACAGAGAUAGGUAGAAGUUGUCCAUGGGGUCGCGAUGGGUCGGACAUGACUUCACAACUAACAACAACAAGAUCCAUCAAGCAAGCCAACAAAGGGAAGCUUGCAUUGGCAAUCUCUACCAGAUAUAGUCUCCUACUUUGGCCCUCUGAUGGCAGUAGGCAUUUUGCUGUGAAACUUGCCAAGCUGGACACCACAGUUUUGAACGACUAUUCUUUGGCAGCUGUUGUGCCCUCUCCUGAGACAACUAAUCAUGCAAUCUUAGCCUGUAGUACAGGCAUUCAUGAAGAGCACUAUGUAAGUGAAGCUGUGGUAAACAAUGUGUCAGACUGCAGGGAAUACAGAGAUGCUGGCACCAUUACUGAUGUGUGCAAUAGUACUGAUCUUCCCGAAGUUGAAAUCAUCAGUCUGCUGGAAGAGCAGCUUCCCCAUUACAAGCUAAGAGCUGAUACAAUCUAUGGUUAUGACCACGACGAUUGGCUUCAUACUCCUCUUAUUUCUCCUGAUGCGAACAUUGACUUAACAACUGAGCAGAUAGAAGAGACAUUGAAAUAUUUCCUUUUAUGUGCUGAACGAGUGGGCCAGAUGACUAAAACAUACAAUGACAUUGAUGCUGUUACACGUCUUCUUGAGGAAAAAGAACGGGAUUUAGAAUUAGCUGCUCGAAUUGGCCAGUCAUUGCUAAAGAAGAAUAAAACUCUUACUGAGAGAAAUGAACUUCUUGAGGAACAAGUAGAGCAUAUCAGGGAAGAGGUUUCUCAACUGCGUCAUGAGCUGUCCAUGAAAGAUGAGCUUCUGCAGUUUUAUACCAGCGCUGCUGAAGAGAGCGAGCCAGAUUCCAUCUGUUCAACUCCAUUGAAGAGGAAUGAAUCAUCUUCAUCUGUCCAGAAUUAUUUUCAUUUUGAUUCUCUUCAAAAGAAGCUGAAGGAUCUCGAAGAGGAGAAUGUUGUCCUUAGAUCAGAGGCCUGCCAGCUGAAGACUGAAACCAUUACUUAUGAAGAGAAAGAACAGCAACUUGUAAAUGAUUGUGUAAAGGAACUCAGAGAUGCAAAUCUUCAGAUUGCCAGUAUUUCAGAAGAGUUAGCGAAGAAGACUGAAGAUGCUGCCCGACAACAGGAAGAAAUCACCCAUCUUCUCUCUCAGAUAGUGGAUUUGCAGAAAAAGGCAAAAGCUUGUACAGUGGAAAAUGAAGAACUUGUCCAACAUUUGGGAGCAGCUAAAGAUGCCCAAAGGCAACUCACAGCCGAAUUACGAGAGCUCGAAGAUAAGUAUGCAGAAUGUAUGGAAAUGCUUCAUGAGGCACAAGAAGAACUGAAGAAUCUUAGGAAUAAGACAAUGCCAAAUGCUAUAUCACGCCGUUACCAUUCAUUAGGCCUUUUUCCAAUGGAUUCUUUAGCUGCGGAAAUUGAAGGAUCAAUGCGAAAAGAGCUGCAUCUAGAUGAUACUGACUGCUCAGAUUCAAACCAUCACAAGAGAGUGUUUGACACUGUACGAAACAUCAAUCAGGUAGUAAAGCAGAGAUUCCUAAUUCCAUCUCCAAUGAACAUCCCAGGAUCUAACCAGUCUUCCACAAUGAAUUCAAUUAUUUCUAGCUGUGUCAGCACACCAAGAUCCAGUUUCUAUGGAGGAGACGUUUACAAUAUUGAGCUAGACAAUAAGAUGAAUACUAUCAUCCUAGAAACUGAAUCCACUGACUCGAGAGAUGAAGAGAAGAACAAGAAACCAGGAACACCAGGAACACCAGGUUCUUGUGACCUGGAAAAAGCCCUUCGAAGGUUGUCCCUUCGGAGGGAGAAUUACCUAUCAGAAAGGAGGUUUUUUGAAGAAGAACAGGAAAGAAAGUUGAAAGAAUUAGCAGAGAAGGGGGAACUUCAUAGUGGUUCCGUUACUCCAACAGAGAGUAUUAUGUCAUUUAGAACACACUCUGGGUUUUCGGAAUUUACUGGCUAUUCAGGAAUAUCUAUCAGCAGUCGUUCAUACCUCCCAGAGAAGCUUCAGAUUGUGAAGCCCUUAGAAGGUUCUGCCACACUGCAUCAUUGGCAACAGCUUGCUCAGCCUCAUCUAGGAGGCAUCCUAGAUCCAAGGCCUGGGGUUGUUACUAAGGGCUUCCGCACUCUUGAUCUGGAUGAAGUGUAUUGCCUUAAUGAUUUUGAAGAAGAUGAGUCAGGUGAAAUUACAUGCAAAGGCUUAACUACCUCGACACCGAUUCAGCACACAGAGACCUCAGUACAUCAUCCUGGAAAGUGCAUGUCACAAACCAACUCCACAUUUACCUUUACCACUUGCCGUAUUUUACAUCCUUCCGAUGAGCUCACACGAGUCACACCAAGCCUUAAUGCAGCACCUACUCCAUCUUGUAGCAAUGUUGGCAAUUUGAAAAGCACUCUGGUGGCCACCCCAUGUACUCCUCGGCGCCUGAGUUUGGUAGAAUCCUUCACUAAUGUUCGGGAAUCCACAACUACAAUGAGUACAUCCUUAGGACUUGUAUGGCUACUCAAGGAACGUGGGAUAUCAGCAGCAGUGUAUAACCCACAAAGUUGGGACAGAGUGGGCAGGAGCACUCUUCUGAACACAUAUUCUCCAAGAAUGACUGCCAUUCCUUCCACUCCUCCAAACUCACCUAUGCAGACACCUUCUUCUUCCCCACCAUCUUUUGAGUUCAAAUGUUCCAGUCCUCCUUAUGACAACUUUCUAGCUUCCAAACCAGCUAGUUCAAUUCUGAAGGAAGUAAGGGACAAAAAAAAUAUCAGAAACAGUGAGAGUCAAACUGAUGUGUCUGUCUCCAACCUUAACCUAGUGGACAAAGUAAAAAGGUUUGGAAUUGCCAAGGUAGUAAGUUCAGGGGAAACACAAGCUCUUAAAUUAACUGAUAAACAAGGACCUCUUUUCUGUGGAUCACAAAAGUCUGGAGGCCUGCUGCCUGAGAGUUUGCCUUUGGGUUGCCCUGCUGUGACAACUGCUAUUGGAGGCAUUCAGUUGAACACUGGCAUUAGAAGGAAUCAAAGUUUCCCAACUAUGGUUGGUUCAAGCAUGCAGAUGAAAGGUCCAUCAACUCUAACCCCUGGAAUCCUAAUGGGAGGAAAACUUCCCAAGCAAACUAGCUUACGAUAAAUGGCUUAAUAUAUCUCAAGCUCAUCCUUCAAACACUUUUUUCUUCCAUUUAUUAUUGAGUUUGACAAAUCAACUUUGUGCCUAAUUGGAGAAAGUUUAAAAUUUAUAUAGAAUGUAAAUAUGUAUUAGAUGUAUUAUAGAUGAAUCAGGUCACUGUUACAAGAUGUAACAUGCUGAAAUUUUGAAAAGCUGUUUUGUUUUUCUUUGCACUGAAAAAAGUGAUCCUUGCACAGGGAAAAAGAAUGAUCAAUUCUCUAGUUAGCUUAACUUGACAUGGCGACAGGAUCAUUUGGCAAGGAUUACUAAUCAUGCUGUCAGAAUUGCAAGAUUUCAGGAUGGGUGGUGAAUUUUUCACGAAGUGUUCAUCAUAGCAAUAGCUUAGCUUUUUGACCAUUUUCUUUGGCCUUCGUAGUAAGGAGGGAACAUUGUACUUAAUGGGUCAUUUCUAACUGAUUUGAUGUUUCCCUUAUGAAAUAAACUUGAAAUAAUAUAUAUUGAGAAGCAUUGCUAAGCGUGCUCCAUGCCUCUACUGUUGUUUUGUAGCAUGACCAUAUUCUAUAUUAUUUUUUUCAAAAGCUGCAUUGGUUAUAAAAUGAAAGGUAUUUAAAUAAACUUACUGCAAGCAUAGAAAAAUCAUGAUGACAUAGCCAAAGUGAAAGUAAUACCCUUAGAAUUAUUCUUUGCUUUAAUGUCAAAAAUACUAAAAUAAAUAUCUUUUUCCUUGGGAGCCAAAGUUAUUGAAUGAGAUUAUAGUAGGCCUCUUUAAAAACCAAAUUUAAAUCUGUAAUACAAAAAAUGCCAAAAUAGCAAGUGUUAAAGUAAAAGGAAUGACAUUUGCAGCCACUUCCCACGUCUCUAGCUUUUGAGUUACUGAAAGUUAAUAGUUUUAUAAACAAAAUAUAGAACAUUUUUAGUUUAACUCACCCUUUCUAACAAGGAUAUAGUUAUAAAAAUUAGGGAGUAACAGGUCUAAUUUUUGUCCUAGGAUUUUAAUGGAAAGCUUUAGAUUUUAAAUAUUUUUUUUCUCAAGGAUAAUGAGUUGGCUCAAUAAUCCAGAAUCAAACACUGAUUUCUAAUUAUUUGUUACUAAUUACAGAGAAAUCAUUAUGUUCUCCAGCAUUUGGAGACAACAGAAAAGUUCUGCUUGACUGAAAAACAUAAAUCUAUAUUUCUUACUUUUCAACUGUGUUGCAUGGUUUAUGAUUCCAAGUCUCAUUCAGAUAAUGCUUAAAAGAGUCCAUCGUGUAGAAAUGGGGGGGAAGGGAAGGAUUUAGAACAAAAUGGAGUACAAAAGGAACUCCACAAUCUAGGAGACUCAUAUCAUGGGAUGCCUCUUCAUUUUUGAGGAGGUUAUAUAGGAAGCUCACAGAAAUGAUUAUGUAAAUCACAGAUAUUUUAGAUUUAUUUGGAAGCAAUUGGUGUAUGUAGGUUGUAUGAAUGCCAUGAAUGUCAUUUUUGUCUUUUAAAAAAUCAGUUUCUGUUUAUUUAUUUAAUGCCAGUGCAUCAGUUUCCACACAAUUGUUAUAUAUUUCAGUUCUGUAAGACUUUUAAGUAAAAUACCGCUAUAGUAUAUGAACUAUGGUGUUUGAGUGUGUGUACAUGUUUACAUACAUACAUACAUAAACACACACACAUACACACUUGGUGGAUCAUUCAGUUCAGUACUGCAAUGAGCAGUGAGCAUGUAGAUAUAGAAGACUGAAAAAGUACAUGCCAUCAAUUUUUGCAUGUGUUUUUGGACUUCUAUUUAUUUCACAUAUUGUUAUAGGCUCUACUUUCCCUUUGUAUGUGUGCAUUUAAUUGCAAAAAUGUGACAUCUUUUUAUCUGGUAGUAUCUUAAAGAGAAUUAAUAAAUUGAUUAUUUUAAAUAAGUGAAAAAAAUCAUGACCGUCUGGAGUACUUUUCAUGUAUUUUGAGCCCAUAAUACAAUUUGGUGAAUUAAAAGAAAUAAAAAGCAAGUAAAUCAGAAAGCUUUAUUAUUAUUUAUGGAAUAAAAAUUUUAAAUGGGACAGGGUUGUUAUUUAUCACUCUUAUUCAUAGAAGACAGCCAAUCAUGGGAAGAUUAAUUAGUGCAGUUCCCAAACAUUUCCAGCUUUGCGGACUGGCAGGUGAGGAUGUGUAUGUGCACGCUCACCGGCCAUUUCCACAACCUGGUUGCAAUUCUCGCAGGUUGAGGACCCCUGAAGUAAUGUAUUAAAUAGUAUAUUUUUCUUUAGAAUGAAAUUAAUGAAGGUUCUGUUGUGAAUUAGCUGAAUUUCCUCCUUUUGCUUUCUGAGUACUUUUUCUAAUGUUAAAAAAUACAUAAAAUUACAGAAGAAUAACAGAAUUUAGCAAUCUGUUUUUAGGCAAGAAAAGAUUUCUGGAAAUAUUUUACAACAUGGAUUUUAUUUCAUUGCUGGCUUUUUAUUAUUUUAGAAGUCAAUUCCAAAAGUUGACUUUGAUGUCUUUCCAAAAUUUCUGAUUUGCCAAAAAUAAAUAUCCAAUCAUUUAUUUUUAUGACAUUAAAUAAAAAAUAAUUUGUGUUUUUUAUAAUAUCCUGUUUAUAUAUAAUUAUCCUGAAAUUAUCUAUGUCUACAUUGAUUCCUUGAGAAUUAAAUAUAUUCAGACUGUAAGAGUAUUUUCUUAAGAUCCUGAAUUUGCGUCUAGUGCUAAACUGUAAUUUGUUUAGUAGGUGUUUAUCAAAUACAAUGCUAAGGUUCAUUUAGUGCAUUAAGCCAAAAUCAAACUACCCAUAAUAUGACUUGCAUAUUUGAGAAAUGGGAAAAGGGUAUGAUCAAUGUAGACUGUAUUAUUUUAAUUGCAAAGAUUUAUGAGAUUGCUCCUGAAGAAGCUGUGUGAUGAUUUCUCAGACUACAUAUUCUAAGUAUAUAAUUUUGAAUCCCAUCUGCUCCAUAAAUAUUCAGGAAAUCUUUAGAAAUUGAACUGUCAUGAAGAUGAUCAGAUUGUCACUGUCACCAGUAAAAUGUCAUAGAAUGAAAUAUCUGUUGAUAUCUACUGAAUCAGGACCUAAUGGUUGCUCUGGAAUGGAAAUGUCUUCUCUUAAUGAUUCAUAAGAAACACUGUAGGGCUUUUCUAUUGGGCUGAUUUCUUUUUUAAUAAGGUGACAUGGUUUGAUUUAUUCUUUUGCGUGAAUAAAGUUUUUUUAUUUUUAAAACACAUUAAAACGAAACACAAAACAUACAACAUUUAUAUAGAUAUCACUGUUUAUCAGCUAUUCAAGACAGUCCUUUCCUAUUAUUUACACGUAUUUUAGUUUUCUUACUCUACUUUUGUUUAUCUACCAUUCCUAUUUUCUAACCAUUCAUACCAUUUGCUCCAGACCUUAUAAUAUUCUGUGUCCUCUUUCUCUUUAAUUUCUUUUGUAAGUUUGUCCAUGUCUGCACAUUCUAAUAUUUUUUAAUUAGUUCUUCCUCUGUUGGUGGAUUUUUAUUCUUCCAAUUUUGGGCAUAGGCUAUACGUGCCGCUGUUAAUAUAUGGAGUUAUUAAAUAUUGCGUAUCAUUUGUAUAAUUUUCUGUUGGAAUCCCUAAUAAAAAUU